GAAUCCCCGCGGGGGCGCGGCCCAUCGGGACCCGGCUCCCUGCCGCUGGCCGCCCGGGGGCGGAGGGGAGGGGCCCCCGGCAGCCUUAUUUCCUCGAGCGCCGCUCCGAGCCCGGCCCGUGGAGCGCAGCGCCAGCCCUCCCGCGUCCAUGCAGCCCCUCCCGCAAGCGCUGCCCGCCCCUGGGCCCGGGGGCCCGCGCCCCGCCGCCCCGCUGCUGGCGCUGCUGCUGCUGCUGGCCCUCCGGGGCUCGGCGGCGGCACCCGCGGGCUCCGAGGGUCCCCAGGGCUCGGCGGCGGCACCCGAGGGUCCCCAGGACUCCGCGUGGCAGCGGGACUCCGAGCUCCCGCACGGGCUGCUGCAGCGGGCGGCGCGCGCGGCGCUGCACUUCUUCAACUUCCGCGCGGGCUCGCCCAGCGCCCUGCGAGGGCUGGCCGCCGUGCAGCAGGGCCGCGCGUGGAUUAAUUCAAAGAAGGAAUGUCAAGUUGACCUGGAGUUCACCACAGAGCACUACAACCCGGAGGAAGGCGAGGAACGUUUGGGGAAAUGUUCCGCUCAAGUGUUUUUCAAGAAUGAGAAACCCAGGCCCACCAUCAAUGUCACCUGUACACGGUUCAUGGAGAAGAGCAAAAGACAACAAGAGGAUUACCUGCUCUACAAGCACAUGAAGCAGCUCAAAGACCCCUUGGAUGUCAUCAGCAUACCUGACAGUCAUGGACAUAUUGAUCCCUCGCUCAGACCCAUCUGGGACUUAGCUUUUCUUGGCAGCUCUUACGUGAUGUGGGAAAAGACAACGCAGUUCUUACACUACUACAUGGCACAGCUCAGCAGUGUGAAGCAGUGGAAAACAGAUGAGGAUGCCAUUGAUUUUGACUAUACGGUCCUACUCCAUGAAUUCUCAACACAGGAAAUCAUUCCCUGUCGUAUUCACUUGGUCUGGCACCCGAGCAAACCCCUUAAAGUGAAGUACCACUGUCAGGGGCCGCAGGCACCAGAGGAAGCCUCUGGAAUUGAAGAAGGAUCAGCUGCGGCACCGACGACGGGACUUACCAAUUACUGAAAAGGAAAGAAGAAGACCUGCUGUCCCAAAUCCUAAACACAAUGACUGUACAAAGCAGCCUAAGUCAUUAUUCUAGUAAAAUAGCCAGUGUCUAAGGCAUCCUAAUAAUUCGGAAAGCCUGCGAUGCUCAACAAUGAAAAGAUACUGGGUUUUUUAAAAGAUAAUAUAUUUCAAUGAAAGCCAAUUGUAGGGAAAAUAUUAUCUGUUUAAAAGGAAUUAUACUAUUUUUAUGUUUUUAAGCAAGUAUUCUUUUAUAACUUGAUAGCGACUUUUAAAUAAAUGUUUACAUUUCUAAA